AUGACUCUGCCCCAAUUCGCACUGCAGAAAUUCCUUAAAGUAGACUGUAAAUUGGGGAAAGUCUCUACAGAUGAAGCUUUGCACUAUUUUGAUCACAUGCUUCACCUAAAACCAACCCCUCCUGUGUCAUCGUUCAAUCUCUUAUUCGGUGUACUUGCCAAGAAAAAGCAGUAUUCCACUGUAAUUUCUCUUUGCAGUAGACUGAGGUCAUCCGGGUUGUUACCCGAUUUUAUUACCUUAAACAUUCUGUUAAAUUGCCUUUGUAAUACAAAUCGGGCCCGCGCUGGCUUUUCAGUAGUGGGGAAUAUGGUCCGGAGGGGUUUCUUCCCAAAUAAAUUUACUUACACAAGCUUGAUUAGUGGAAUGUGUAAAGAGAGUAAAACUAAGGAGGCAGUGCUGUUGUUUAAGAAGAUGAUUAAGCUGGGCAUUCUGCCUAGUGUGGUGACAUACGGGACUUUAAUCGAUGGUUUGUGUCGAAAUGGAUACACGGACAAUGCACUUAAGCUGCACGAAGAAAUGAUCAGAACUAAAGAUGGGUCCAGUUUGAUACGCAAACCCAACAUAAAGUGUUACGCUACAAUUAUUGAUGGCCUUUGUAAGGCUGGUUUGAUGGAGAAGGCGAAAGGACUUUUCUUGGAAAUGAAGAGCAAGGGCAUAUCUCCAGAUGUGGUGCUGUAUAGUUCUCUGAUGCAUGGCUUUUACAGUUGCGGUGAUUCAAAGGAGGCUGAGAACUUGUAUAAAGAGAUGGUGGAUCACGGAAUUCAGCCUAAUUCGGUUACAUUUAAUGUUAUUAUACAUGCUCUUGUCGAGGAUGGGAAGGUGCAAGAAGCUGAGAAAUUGUUAGAGACAAUGAUUCAAAGAGGCGUUAAGCCUCACACCCGCAUAUAUAAUACGUUGAUGGAUGGAUAUCUUUUAGUGGAUAAGCUCCACGAAGCAGAGAAAAUAUUUGUUUCAAUUAAGAGUAAUGGCCUAGAGUAUGAUAUUGUUAGUUACAAUGUGCUGAUCUAUGGUUAUUGCAAAAAUAACAAAAUAGAGGAAGCUAUGAAAAUAUAUGAGGAGAUGAUUCAUGGUGGGUUUUUGCCCCCUCCUUACACUUAUAUUUCCUUGAUAAAAGGUCUUUUCCGGAUAGGCAAGAUAGAGGAUGCAUGGAAUAUGUUCAAUCAGAUGCAGCUUCAUGGUCAGAUACUGGACUCAGCAGUCUAUCGCAUAUUCUUAGACGGGCUUUGCAAGAAUAAUCGUAUUCCAGAAGCAUUGGAACUACUUAAUAGCAUAGAAAAUAACAAUAUUAAACUAAGCACUGAGAUGUACAAUCCCGUCAUUGAUGGGUUAUGUAAGUCGGGAAAGCUUGAAACUGCUUUUCAGUUAUUUUCUAGAAUUUCUCAAAAAGGUCUUGCACCAGAUGUAGUAACUUACAGCAUCAUGAUAAAUGGGCUUUGUAAGAAGAAAAAAUUAGAGGAAGCAGAGAAAUUGUUUCUGGAAAUGGAGAAGAAUGGUUGUGCUCCAAAUCUAGUUACUUAUAAUACACUUAUGCGUGGUUUCUGUCAGGAGAAUGAUUCAGCAAAAGUCAUUGAUCUUCUUCACAAAAUGGCAAUAAAAAACUUGUCACCAGAUGCCUCUACAAUGUCUAUAAUGGUGGACUUACUUCCCAAGGACGAAAGAUGUCCUGAAUAUCUGAAUUUGCUUCCAAAUUUUUCUCCUCAGGAGCCUACUGGAAGAUGA